AUGGCAUUAUCUUGUUAGAUUUUCUCACUCGAACGCUUCAUUUUCCAUUUUCUCUCGAGUACAGUCUACGUUCUUCGUUUCGCAACCGUCGCCUAUACGUUAUCGGAACAUUGGAGAAGAAGAAAACGAGCAUAAAAAGGUGAAAAAUCCGAUCGUCUUCUGUCUGUCGCAUAUCACGCGAUCUGCAAUCAGGUCGGCUGAUUUUCUUCAAAUUUGUUAUCUGAAAUUCUGCGAAUUAACUGCUUCUUGUCACUGAUGAUAUCUAUAUCUCUUUCUGUUUGUAGAGCAUAUCGAGAGAGAUUGGAUCGAACUUAAGGUUCAAUGGCAGAUAUGGCGGAGAAUACUCUCUCCUGUGCUCGAUGCGGCAAACCGGCGCAUCUCCAAUGUCCAAAGUGCAUUGAACUAAAGCUUCCUCGUGAAGGUGCUGCUUUCUGGACACUAAGGCCAUUUCCUAUAUCCAGAAAUCGUAUUGUACCUGCUCACAUUGAUAAACCUGACUGGGCAGUUGAUGGGAUCCCAAAAAUUGAGCCCAACAGUGAGUUGCAGUAUGUUGUUGAGAUCAAGACUCAAGAUCAGAUUGAGAGAUUGCGAGAAACUUGCCGGAUUGCUAGGGAGGUUUUAGAUGCAGCGGCUAGGAUUAUUUGUCCUGGUGUCACAACUGAUGAAAUUGAUAGAGUGGUUCAUGAGGCUACUAUUGCUGCUGGUGGAUAUCCUUCUCCACUCAACUAUAGGUUUUUCCCCAAGUCUUGCUGCACGUCAGUUAAUGAAGUGAUCUGCCAUGGAAUUCCUGAUGCCAGGAAAUUAGAGGAUGGUGACAUUGUCAAUGUUGAUGUGUCUGUAUACUGUAAAGGUGUCCACGCUGAUCUUAAUGAAACAUAUUUUGUGGGAAAUGUUGAUGAAGAAUCUCGACGGUUGGUGCAGUGUACAUAUGAGUGCUUGGAGAAAGCAAUAUCUAUUGGUAUGUUUUGGUUCAUUUUCUAAUAAAAUAGUCUAGAAUGCUUUCAUCAUCAGUUUAGUAGCAAUACUCUAAAGUUUGUAUCUUUUUCAGGUGGGCCCGAUUCAUGCAGCCCAAACCUUUAAAACUUUAUCCUCCCCAUGGAGGCUUAAGAAGUAUUCAAGGUAGUUGAAUUAAGUUUUGGUAAUUAAUUCUUUGUUUUUUGGUUGUUAAUGAUAAUAAUUGGGGCUGCUAAGAUAACUAUGGGGCAUGUGUUUAAAUUGUCAUUUAUUUAUUUUAAGUGAGAACGCCUUCUGAAUAUAUAUUUAUCUUCACAACCUUGAUUUUGUUACCUUUAGAAGCCGAAAUUGGGCGUUUUCCAAUCUUACAAUCGUGGUGAGAGUUCAUUACAACCCUCCUUUUUUUUUCCCAAAUUCUUCCAGCAUGAUAAUUAAAUGGAAAAAAUUGAU